AUGGCGUCAAUUCCAGAACUUCUUUCUUUCCUAUUACUAGUUUGCUUCCUCACCGUGUUAGAUAUUUUAAGAUCCCUUAUCACCAUCAUGUCUGCUAAUAAUAAUAAUAACCACAGCAAUACAUUGCAAAAUCCCGUAUCACCAAAGCCUGGUGAAGGGAAUUCCAAACAAGAAUCGGAAAAUUCAGUUACCAAUGAGUUACUCACUUUCCAACAUUUGAAACACUAUCCACUUGUGAAUUCAACAAAGUCAGCUAUUGAACUUAUCCCUUUGAGUAAAAGUGUAUUUUCGAUUAUGGGAAAUUCGUUUUCAUUUGUCAGAAGUUAUCAACCAAUGAAAUAUAUUGUCGGUAGAAGUGAUACUUUGACGAAUCGAGCACUUGAUGAAAUUGAUAAAUGGUUGCCAAGUUUACAAACAGUUGAAGUACAAGAUAUAACAACACCAAUCACUAAACCAGUAAAUGAUACUGUUGAAACUGUUCAAAAUACUAUAACCGCAGUUAAUGGUUCUGUCAAUAAGAAUUUUGUCGAUCCAACAAAAAGUGCAUUAGGUUCAGUCAAAGAAGAAUUCCAAAACCAUGUAUAUGAUGCUGAAGGUAAAGGGAUAAUUUCAAGUCAAGCUGAUCCCAUGGUAGCCCCGUUAAACCAUACUUUAGAACAAUUUGUUGAUAAUCAUUUCCCAAAUACUAAGAAAGUCCCAUCUGAAGGGCAUGCUAGUGAAAUAUCGAGAACAUUCAAGAUUGUAGGAAAUUUGAUAUCCAGAAAUGAAAAGGAAAAAGAACCUCUGGAAAAAAGCAAACCAGAAAAGGCAAAGCCAUAA